AUGCCAGCGAAUCUGCGGGCCGACACAAAUGGCAACACGGCCGAGGAUUGGCAUGUCUUCGAGCUCUUAUGCGGAAAGUUGUCGUACUCCUCGUCAUUGCCAAUGUCACCAGCAGCUCCAAUGGCACACGCUGCACGCUCCUUGGAGGCGAAUAUGCCCAGUGAUAAUCAUCUGCAUCACCAUCAUCUGGGUCUCAGUGGUGGAUUAUCUCCGCAUCAUCAUCAUUUGCUGAACAACUCAUGUGGAACUGCAGGGAUAACAGUGACAGAACAUCAUCAUGGCAUCGAUAUGACAACGACGCUGCGCAGUGAGCUGGCUGCCUUGUCGUACAAAAAGGAGCGUCUAACUGGCGAGCUAGCAGAAGUGCGCAGCGCAUUGUGUGGUCGCGAAUCGGAUGUGGAGAAUCUGCGUGCUCAGGCGGCACGGCAGACGGCAUUGAUAGCAUCCUUGCAGAGUCGACUGCAGGCAGCCGAGCAGCGGGAGCAGGAGGUCCAGGCGCGCUGCGAUGCCACCAUACAGACGGUACAGCGCGAGAAGCGCUGUUCGGACGAACGCAACAAGGAACUGAUCUGCAAGCUGCAGCACGUGGAGGCGCAUGCCGCUAGUGAGGAGUCACACAAAGAACAAGCCAAGGCGCAGUAUCAUGAGCUGCUGCGUCGUCUGAGCGUCUGCCUGUCCCUCGAUGAAAAUGGCCAUGCGACGGCCGAGUGCGUUGUGUCCCGUGUGGAGGAAUUGGUAAUUGAGUUGCAGCGCGCCAAGGCGAAGGUCACUUCCACCUGCGAUACGCUCAGCUCUUGCGAGAACGAGCUGCUUAACUUGAAGUCGCUGGCCAACAUUGAGAAGCAACGUCUGAGCGCUCAGCUGGACGGCGCUGGCAACCACAACCAUGAGCUGGAGGGUCGUUGUCGCCAAUACGAGCGGGACUUGCAAAUACAACGCGAUCGUCUCACAGAAUCGGAGAUCAAUGGCGAGAAACUGAAGGAAGAGCUGCGUGGCUUCGAAUCGCGCUGCCAUCGACUGCAGAACAACUUGGAACGUAUCCAGGGCGAUCGACUACAGUUUCUGAGGAAUCUGAGUCAUCUGGUAAAUGUGCCCGAGCCCUGCGAGACCUUGAUCAAGGAUAAGCUGCGCGAGCUGCUCGGCGAGAAUCAGGCUUUGCAGGCGCAAAUGCACUCGUUGCGAGAUCAGCUGAGCAGCGAGCACGAAAAACUGAAGGAGUCGCGCGAGUCUACGGAAUGCCGCCUGCGCUCGGGCGAAGCGGAAAAGUGUGAGCUGGCCGAGCGCCUGGAUAAAUGCCAUGCAGAAAUACACACGCUCCGCAAGGAUCACAUGGGUCUAUCCGAGUAUCUGCAGCGGUUGGCCAAUGCACUUAACUGGAGCGAAUGUACGGCUCCACCUGCCUUGGGGGCCGACACCAAUCUCAUGGCUGAGAGUCUGUUGGAGCGUGCCGAGCGUCUGUCUGCGCACUGUGAGCAUGAGUUGGCUCAUCAGCAUCAUCAUCAUCAUGCUGGCCAGGGUAAGCUGAGACGCGAGCGAUCCUGUCACGACCUCCCUAUCAAGGAGAGCAGCAGCGUCUACAAUUUGCAACGGCGCGUGCGCGUUUUGAGGGAACAAGUGCAACGCCGAGAUCUCCAUCUGGAACUGCUUCGUCGCAAGUUAGCCAUCAUUGAAGACGGGGCACGAGGCAAAUGUAUGCUGCAAGGCGAACGAGAUGACGCCGUUUGCCGUGCCAAAAAGGCAGCCAAGCAGGUGGAUAAGCUGAGCGCUCAACUUGCCGAUGCACGCACCCAAAUCGCUGAGGUCAAAGCACAGUUGGCGGAGGCUGUGGAAUACAAGAUCACAGCUCUGGAGCGUGCACGUAAAAUUGAUGAGCUGAGCACACAGAUCUGCGAUUUGGAGGAUGAGAAGACUAGACUGUUCUCGCAGCUGAAUGCAAUGAAGGAACGCAUGAAGUCAGCCUGCGACUCCAAUCAAAAUCGACGCUGCCGCGACGAGGCGCUCAUCAAUAGUCUACGUGAUGACGUCAGCCGACUGAGCGCCCAGUUGUCGGAUACGAAUCAACGACUUUCGCACUUGCAGUCCUUCCGUACCUCGGUCGCCCGGACAUUGCAUUUGAGAGAUCUGCCCGAGACGGAUUUGUUGCAUCGCCUGCAGGCGCUGUGUUCCGCCCAUCAAGAGUUCACUCUGCUAUCUAAGCGCUAUGAGACUGCCUCACCCGUUGGCGAUCAUCCUUGUCCGCGCUUCGAUGAUCCCGUGCCGCCCUCCAGCCACUGCCGCCCACCGCGUGAACUCAGCCCGGAGAGCAUGCAUCGCCACACUAACGCGGCCAGUAGCCAUCAUCUCAGUCACGCUCACUCGCACGGUCACGCGCACUCACACUUGCAUGGCCGUCAUCAGAGACAGCGCAGCAAGAGUCGCGAUAAGCGACUGCACGACGAGUGCUUUGACUCUGAUGUGCAUCGCUUGCAUCACGGCUGCAAGGAUCAGCUGUUGGGCAACAAUUCAGGAGGCAGUUGCGACGAAGACUUUGACUUUAAGAGUAAAUACAUUUAG